AGGUCUGAAAGUCCACGCACCGAUCAGCGAAGCGUGGGAGGUGCCACAGAAAUGACGUAGCAAUUUGCUGUGUCUUUCCUGCUUGACGACUCUCGCCUCUUCUCUCUCCCUCCCUGUACAGUGAGUGAGAGGGGGGAGUCAGAAAAACAGCCACAGCAGCCCUCAGCGUGCGGCUCUGAGUCAUCGGUUGGUCCAUCCAGCUUGGUCUCAUCUUUGGUGCUGGAGCCCGUGGGAGAAUUAUAUUCAAAUCGGCACUAAGCUGCGAUCGCUUCAUUUGUUUCCUAUUCUGAAUGACGGGCGGCGGACGGUUCGACUUCGACGAUGGAGGCACUUAUUGCGGAGGCUGGGAAGAUGGGAAAGCCCAUGGACACGGCAUCUGCACUGGACCUAAGGGCCAAGGCGAAUACGCCGGGUCCUGGUCACACGGGUUCGAGGUAGUAGGGGUUUACACCUGGCCGAGUGGGAAUACAUACCAGGGUUACUGGUCGCAAGGCAAGCGGCAUGGGCUUGGGGUUGAAACCAAGGGAAAGUGGAUCUAUCGCGGAGAGUGGAGUCAUGGGUUUAAGGGUCGAUACGGAGUUCGCCAAAGCCACAGUACACCUGCUAGAUACGAUGGAACUUGGAGUAAUGGUCUGCAAGACGGGUAUGGAAUCGAGACCUAUGGGGAUGGUGGUACGUACCAGGGCCAGUGGAUGGGGGGGAUGCGUCAUGGUUACGGGGUGCGUCAGAGUGUGCCUUAUGGGAUGGCAACGGUCAUCCACUCACCGCUGCGCACCUCGCUGGCCUCACUGAGGAGCGUGCAGAGCAACGGCACGCUGCAACAGGACCCGCCCGGCGCUGAUACCCCCGUGGGCACGCGCGGCGGCUUCGUUCUCAACUUCCACAGCGAUAGCGAGGUGGUGACGAAGAAGAAGGGCCUGUUCCGGCGUGGCUCGCUCUUCGGUAGCCUGCGGCAGCUGCGCAAAUCUGACUCGCGGACGUCCAUCUCCAGCAAGCGCAGCUCCGCGCGCAGCGACGCCACCACCAUGAGCCGCAUCAGCUCCAGCGACGCCAACUCCACCAUCAGUUACGGCGAGGGCGACGGCGCUGGGGACGGAGACUACGCCGCACCCGAGGACCACGUGGACGCCACCACCACCGAGUCCUACAUGGGCGAGUGGAAGAACGACAAACGCUGUGGCUUCGGCGUCUCCGAGCGCUCCAACGGCAUGAAGUACGAGGGCGAGUGGCUCAACAACCGGCGCCACGGCUACGGAGGCACCAUCUUGCCCGACGGCACCAAGGAAGAAGGGAAAUACAAAAAUAACGUGCUCGUGCGCGGCAUACGCAAGCAGCUAAUUCCCCUUAAGAAUCCCAAAACCAAAGAGAAAGUGGACCGGGCCGUGGAGGGGGCGCGGAGGGCCGCAACCAUCGCAAGAACAAAAGUGGAAAUAGCAGCAUCAAGGACCUCUCAUGCCCGUACCAAGAGUGAGGCAGCUGACCAGUCAGCUCUAGCUGCCCUCCAUGACUCAGACCUCGCCCGAACGGUGGCUAGCGAGCUCUCGCCAAGCUUCCUUCAGCCAGGCCUUGACUACAUCAAGCAGAGGUUUGCCGAGCCUGACGAGACUGCUGUAGAGGUGCCAGAGGAGAAGCCGAAACCAGAGUCUGAGAAGUCCACCAAGGACAAGGAGAGCCCACACUUCUACCGCAAAGGCACCACCCCCCCACACUCCCCUGCCCGGAGCCCUGGCACGCCGCCCCCCUCACCCACCAAGAAAGCCUCCCAGCUCUCCAACAGCAGCAGCGAGGCACGCAAGAUCAGCAAAGACGAGAGUGUCAGCGCCAGCCGCAAGAUCAGCAAAGACCAGAGCGCCAUCCGCAAGAUCAGCAAGGAUGAGAGAGCCUCCGAAGCCGCCAAACCCGCCCAUCCUGCAGCUCACGUGUCCUUCCAUGCCCAGCAUGAUGAAGCGCCCCCCAAACCGCCCAAGAUGGCCGAUCCGGAGCCGGUGAGGCAGGGUAACGGCUUGCUGCACCGCCAACAUCAGUACCAUAGCUACUACGUGAAGACGCCCGUCAAGGCGGCACCGCCCCCUGAGGAGCCUGAAGACGAGGAGCCGGAGGAGCCCACGCAGAUGGACCUGGCACGCUCUCCCCCGCCCUUCAAGUUCAAAACGCCCAAACCAGCCACGCCCGGUGCCGCCGGUGCCGCCAGUGCCGUGGCCAAGUCUGAGCUGAAACCCAAGCCAAAGAGCCUAUCAGAAACCAAGAAAGCCAGCAUGGAGAUUCCCGAGAUUGUAGAGGAAGAGUCAGGUCCUAAUUCCAUAUUGGUUGCCAUGGUUAUGCUUUUGAAUAUUGGCCUUGCAAUUAUUUUUGUCCAUUUCCUGACAUGAUACACCGGAAUCUGAGUGGAGUCAUGAAAACCGUUGCAGUUGCGUCGACGGCCUUUAAAGAAACAAAAUGGCGUCGGGCGCUCAGGAUUGGCCAAAGGAGCUUUGGAAUGAGUGUAGACCACUGGAGAUACAUGAGACGUGGAACAUCCAGCGAAGAGACUGUUCGGCUUCCUGCCUGAUGAUUUGAGGUUCUUUGGGGGUCCUGUGAAAGCUGGAGUGAGAAAAAAAUUAUGUUGGGGUGAAGAAAUAUAAACCCAGUUGUAUUUAUAUGAAGAAAAAAAAAUGAAUAAAACUAUUAAAAAAUAACAUAAAAAUCGAGUUGAAUCUGCUGAUCUAAGCCCAAACCUCUGAAGUGUAUGGCUUCCCUAUCUUUCCUCGCACCCAGGGAAUAAGAGAGAGAGAAGGAGAGAGGGAGGGAGGGAGAGAGAGAGAGAGAGAGAGACUUAACUGGAAACGUUCAGAGAUGCACUUUGAAACUGACGGGAGCCAACAGCUGCCUUACUAUUUUACCAUCUGACGUUUUAGUGGGGAGGUGUCCGUACUCGGCUGCCAGAGGAACGCGUACAGGGGACAUUGUUGCCACGGGAUUGCGUUCCAGCCAAUCCCCCCCCAGAGGAAACUGUCACACACACACACACACACACACACACACACACACACA